AUGUCUCGCGAAGCCUACCAGGUCCCCGCGAUUGGCUCCCAGAACACAUUCGAUGCCCAAGGCGGCGGUUUCGCCAGCGCCAUGGCCGUGGACAGCCCCUCCGUCGUGUAUCUCUGCGGCGAGUGCUCUGCCCGUGUCCCUUUGAAGCGCGGUGACCAGAUUCGCUGCAAGGACUGCGGUCACCGUGUGCUCUACAAGGAGCGGACCAAGCGCAUGGUUCAGUUCCAAGCUCGUUAA